AUGGAUGUUUUGAAGAAGCUUGAAGCUGAGAUAACCGAAACAAAGACCGAGGUGAGAAUGUUGAAGGAGAAAGAGUCUAAUACAGAGGUGCCUUUGGCAUCUUUGAAUCCUGAGCUACAUAAGAGCAUAGCAAAGAUGGCUAAAGCCGGAGCUGAUGCUGCAGUGAAGAGUGCAGCAGCUGUGGACAAGUCGGUGAGCUUCAACGAAACGAAAGAAAAUGGAGAAGAAAGAGAAAAGAAAGAUGAGGAAGAUGGCUAA